GUAAGAAGCUAACACGGAAACACUUCUGAUUCAUAUUUGAUCGUGGUUACUGAAGGAAGAAGCGCGGGAAAUUUGUACAGACGAAUAUUUAGAAACAGAACUUAGGAGGGAAGCUACAUAAAGAGAAGGAAAUUUGACUUUCAUCCGCCUUUGCUGAGUAGGCUGCGCGGGUACCCGGGAAAUGGAGGCAAAACGGCCGUAGGAUUCCAGAAACCGAUGUAAUCCCAAACCUUGUUGGACGUGACUUUCGUUUUCUUGCGUUUUUAUAAAAUGGAUGAAGCAGCAGGUGAUUUAAAACUGCCUCUUCAAAAUGACUGUGAAUCUCUUCAGAUACAUGUGGAAGUUCAUCAGAAAACAAACAGCACUGCAAAAAAAGAAGAUAUCAAACUAAGUGUCUUAAAGCUACUAAACAGGCACAGUGUUAUUUUUGGUGAUUACAAAUGGAUUGAGUUUGAUGAUUGUUUCCUAACAAAUAAUGUGCAGUCAAUUGCAGUUGUGGAUACAGAGCUACAGCUGAAAGAAAGACAGCCUAUCAGCUUGAAUAAAUGCAGACUUUUAAUCCAUAUUUUUCAUCUCAAUGAGGAAGGGCCUAGUACAGAAAAUCUGGAUGCAGAGGAUGAGGAUAUUGUUGCAGCUAAUCAUUGGUUAUUACCUGCAGUUGAAUUCCAUUGUUUGUGGGAGAGCCUGAUUUAUGAUGCUGAAAUAAAAUCAGAUUUAUUAAAUUACGUGACUACAACAUUACUAUUCUCUGACAGAAAUGUUAAUAACAACUUGAUAUCAUGGAACAGAGUUAUUCUACUGCAUGGUCCUCCUGGUACUGGUAAAACUUCUCUUUGUAGAGCAAUGGCUCAGAAGUUGACUAUUAGACUUUCACAUAGGUACCGCUAUGGACAGUUGAUAGAGAUAAAUAGUCAUAGCCUCUUCUCUAAGUGGUUCUCUGAGAGUGGCAAACUUGUUACGAAAAUGUUUCAGAAGAUUCAAGAAUUAAUUGAUGACAAAGAUGUCCUUGUAUUUGUACUUAUUGAUGAGGUGGAAAGUCUCACCGCUGCUCGUAGUGCUUUUCAGGCAGGUACUGAACCUUCUGAUGCUAUCCGUGUUGUAAAUGCUGUACUGACACAAAUUGAUCAGAUCAAAAGGUAUCCUAAUGUGGUUAUCUUGACCACUUCAAAUAUCACAGAGAAAAUUGAUAUUGCCUUUGUAGAUAGAGCUGAUAUCAAACAAUAUAUUGGACCACCUUCUCCUGCAGCAGUAUUCAAAAUCUAUCAUUCUUGCUUAGAAGAGCUAAUGAAGUGCCAAAUAAUAUAUCCUCGUCAGCAGCUGCUAACACUCCAUGAGCUAGAGAUGAUUGGUUAUUUAGAAAACGACGUGUCAAAGUUAAGUCUCCUGUUGAAAGACAUUUCAAGGAAAAGUGAAGGACUUAGCGGACGUAUCUUAAGAAAGCUUCCUUUUCUAGCCCAUGCACUGCAUAUUCAAUCUCCUAGUGUUACAAUGACAACUUUCCUUCAAGCUUUAUCACUUGCAGUGGACAAGCAAUUUGAAGAAAGAGCAAAGCUUUCAGAUUGUGCUUGAUAUUCUCAUUCCUCCUCUAUAUUUUAUUGUAACUUUCUUUACAUACAUUCUCACAUUGUUUGUCUACCUACCCACUGAGAUUGCUAAUUAAGAAUCAAUGAGUUCUUAACCUGAAGAUCAGUUCAGGCUUUCUUUUUUUCAAGUAUUGUAUGCAUAAUAAAUUACUUGUAUAUAUUCA